AUGGGUGCCACGAAGCUCGAUGGCACGGCCAUCGCCAAGAGCAUCCUUGGCGACCGCUCGGAUUCGACCACGUAUGUUCGAAUGAAGCUCAAGGCUGCGGCAGAGGCGGCCAUUCAGUGUGAACACAUUUGCCUCCCGGAGUCUGUCACUGAGCCAGAGGUGCUGGACAAGCUUCGGCAAUUGAACAAUAACCCCGAGGUGCACGGCAUUCUCGUGCAGCUCCCGCUACCCAGCCAUCUCUCCGAGUACAACAUCACCUCAGCGGUCGCUGACGAGAAGGAUGUCGAUGGUUUCGGGACUCGGAACAUUGGCGAGCUCGCCAAGAAGGGCGGUCAUCCCCUAUUCACACCCUGCACGCCCAAGGGUGUCAUGUAUCUGCUCCAAGAGGCCGGAGUUUCUCUCACAGGGAAUUCGGCCGUCGUCAUUGGGCGAAGUGACAUUGUUGGGAACCCCGUGAGCUACCUGCUCAGGAAUGCCGAUGCUACAGUCACCGUGUGCCACUCCAAGACGACAAACCUCGAGGAAAUGGUCAGGACUGCAGACGUGGUGGUGGCUGCCAUGGGACAGCCCCGGUUUGUCAAGGGCGAUUGGAUCAAGGAGGGCGCGGUCGUGAUUGAUGUCGGCACCAACUUCAUAUCUGACGACACCAAGAAGUCGGGAUAUCGCCUGGUGGGCGACGUCGACUACGACUCGGCGGCCGAGAGGGCCUCUGCCAUCACCCCUGUCCCGGGUGGUGUCGGUCCCAUGACAGUGGCCAUGCUUAUGCAAAACGUCGUGGACGCAACGACCGUCUACUUUGAGAGGCAGAAGCUCCGGAAGACUGUGCCCCUCCCUCUCCACCUCAAGGACCCUGUCCCCUCGGACAUCGCAAUCUCGAGGGCACAGCAGCCUAAGCAGAUCACACAGAUCGCCGCCGAGGUGGGCAUCUCGCCCCAUGAGCUGGAGCCUUACGGCGCCUACAAGGCCAAGGUCGACCUGGAUCUUCUGCGGCGUCUGGACCACCGCCGCAACGGCCGCUACGUUGUGGUCACGGGCAUCACUCCCACGCCCCUGGGUGAGGGCAAGUCGACCACAACCAUGGGUCUGGCGCAGGCUCUCGGUGCUCACGUUGGGCGCCUGACCUUUGCCAACGUGCGCCAGCCCAGCCAGGGUCCGACAUUCGGCAUCAAGGGCGGCGCUGCUGGCGGCGGCUACAGCCAAGUCAUCCCCAUGGAUGAGUUCAACCUGCACCUGACUGGUGACAUUCACGCCAUCACCGCAGCCAACAACUUGCUAGCUGCCGCCAUCGAGACGCGUAUCUUCCACGAGAACACGCAGAAGGACGGGCCCCUCUACCGCCGUCUUGUGCCCGCCAAGAACGGCGUCAGGAAGUUUGCGCCGGUCAUGUUCCGCCGCUUGCAGAAGCUCGGAAUCACCGAGACCAACCCCGAUGAGCUGACAGAGGACGAGAUCCACCGUUUUGCUCGGUUGGACAUUGACCCAGAGACAAUCACGUGGAGACGCGUGCUCGAUGUCAACGAUCGCCAUCUCCGUGGCAUCACCGUCGGCACUGCGCCUACCGAGAAGGGCCAGACACGCGAGACCGGCUUCGACAUCUCGGUCGCCAGCGAGUGCAUGGCGAUCCUCGCCCUCAGCACCAGUCUAGCGGACAUGCGGGAGCGUCUUGGCCGCAUGGUCAUCGGCUCGUCAAGGAGCGGCGACCCCGUCACGUGCGACGACAUUGGCGCUGGUGGCGCCUUGACUGCGCUCAUGAAGGAUGCGAUCAAGCCCAACCUCAUGCAGACACUGGAAGGCACGCCUGUGUUCGUCCAUGCCGGACCCUUUGCAAACAUUAGCAUUGGUCAGAGCUCCAUCCUGGCCGACAAGCUGGCUCUGAAGCUGGCUGGUACGGAAGCCGAUGAGGAUCACAGCGAGAGGGCUGGCUUCGUUGUCACGGAGGCUGGCUUUGAUUUCACCAUGGGCGGCGAGCGCUUCUUCAACAUCAAGUGCCGCACGUCUGGCCUCGAACCGGACGUCGUAGUGGUGGUGGCGACCGUCCGGGCGCUCAAGGUGCACGGUGGAGGCCCGCCCAUUGCGCCGGGCGCCGCGCUCGACCCGGUAUACAAGCAGGAGAAUGUCGACAUCCUCCGCGCGGGCUGCGUCAACUUGAAGAAGCACAUUGAGAACGCCAAGUCGUUCGGCAUCCCCGUCGUCGUGGCCAUAAACAAGAUGAACACCGACACCGAUGCCGAGGUCGCCGUCAUCCGCGAGGAGGCCAUCGCCGCCGGGGCCGAGGACGCCAUUCUCUCCAGCCACUGGGCGGAGGGCGGCAAGGGCGCCGUGGACCUCGCCAAGGGCGUCAUCGCUGCGAGCGAGAAGCCCAAGGAGAUGAGGCUGACGUACAGCCUCGAGGGGUCGAUCCAGGACCGCAUUGAGGCCAUCGGCCGCAAGAUGUACGGCGCGGAAAAGGUCGACUUCAGCGAGCUGGCGCAGAAGAAGGUGGACAUGUACACCAAGCAGGGGUACGGGAACCUCCCCAUCUGUGUGGCCAAGACGCAGUACUCGCUGUCGCACGACCCGGAUCUGAAGGGCGCGCCAACGGGCUUCACGGUGCCGAUCCGCGACGUGAGGAUGGCAGCUGGCGCAGGUUACUUGUAUGCCCUUGCGGCUGACAUUCAGACCAUCCCUGGUCUGCCCACGGCGCCUGGGUACCUCAACGUCGACGUCGACCCCGAGACUGGCGAGAUUGACGGUCUCUUCUAA